AUGUUAUCCCUUCGCCAUAUCUGGGUCAUCGUCACCGAUGUUGCCCACACCUUAUUCGGCUCGUCUUUCUUUGGAGACGCCGCUCAAUACCACUUCGGGGGCAGGUUCGGCUUGCUUCACAUCGACGCCUUCGCCAAGCAUGGACACCCUAUCUUCGCUCCUCCCGGCAGCAAUAUCGACAGGUUUGUCUGCAAUUACACUCUCAUGACCGGCUUCAAACCAUGCGGCACCCCUGAGGACCGGAGCUGCUGGCUCCGCAACUCGGAUACGGGAGAAGAGUACAACAUCAGCACCGACUAUGAGACCAAGAUGCCAACGGGUAUCACGCGUGUCUACCAUCUCAACGUCACAGACGGCUACAUCAACGCAAACGGUCUGGAUUUCUACGAGGCCAAGCUCUUCAACGACCUCUGGCCCGGCCCGCUCAUCGAAGCAUGCUGGGGAGACGAGGUCGAGAUCCACGUGCACAACCAACUGUCUCAUAACGGAACAAGCAUCCACUGGCACGGCAUCCGGCAGAAUCAGACAAUGCACAUGGACGGCGUCAACGGCAUCACCCAAUGCCCUGUGGCUCCCCAGACUGAAUUUGUCUACAAAUGGACCGCCACGCAGUACGGCACCUCGUGGUAUCACAGCCAUUACUCAGUCCAGUACGCAGAUGGGCUACAAGCACCCAUAACGAUCCACGGACCAACGUCUUUCCCUUAUGACGAGGCCAUCGAGCCCAUCACCGUCACGGACUGGGCAAACAAUAGCGCGUUUGAGAACAUUUACCGCAACCCGGACAAGGAGGAUAUCCUCCUGGGUGGCCUCGGCAACAUUGUUCGAUUCACGGGCGGCAAGACGGAGAACACCACCGAGAUCCCUCGAGGGUACGAGAUUUGGUUCGACGACCUGGAGCCGAACCCCGUCACACGGGCCAAACGCUACCUGCUACGCCUCAUCAACACGGCCUUCGACACCACCUUCAUCUUCUCCAUCGACAACCACAACUUCACCGUCGUCGAGGCCGACUUCGUCCCGGUCCAGCCGUUCAACGCGACUUCGAUCCUCAUCGCCAUCGGCCAGAGGUAUCACGUCAUCGUCGAGGCCACGCCCGUCGUCAACAGCUCGGAUCCCUCCGCCAACCCGCUGCCGGCGGACGGCAACUACUGGAUCCGCACGUGGGUCGCCGACGGCUGCGGCCUCAUCUCCGGCUACAUCGGCGACUGGGAGAACUACAUGAAGACGGGCAUCCUCCGGUACGACAACACGAGCACCGCUGACCCCACCACCGAGGCGUGGCACGUGAGCCUGGAGUGCUCCGACACGGCCUUCAACGACCUCAUCGAGCCCGUCGUCCCUUGGAAAGUCGGGGAUCCUUCCAAUGGAGAGAUAGGCGAGCAGUUCAACAUCGACAACCUCACGAGCGCGGGGCCGUACGCGACGUCAUUCUUCUCGUUCGAGCGCCCGGACAGUAAGGAGGUGACGCCGUUCCAGACUGCGUACGGCAACCCGACGUUCCUGAACCUGGACAACGUCGGAGACGAGUGGCCGUCGGGAUGGGUUGUCGUUCCCGAGAACUACACCGAAGAGGACUGGGUCUACCUGGUUCUCAACUCCAACAACCAGAAUCACCCGACGUUUGGCCCUCACCCGAUCCAUCUCCACGGCCACGACUUCGCCAUCGUCCAGCAGGAGAACGACAUGGUCUGGGACCCCAGCGACCCGAACAUGUUCAAGCCCAACAAGAAGAACCCGCCGCGCCGCGACGUCGUGCUGCUGCCGCGCAACGGGUUCGCCGUCAUUGCCUUCAAGACGGACAACCCUGGCGUGUGGCUCAUGCACUGCCACAUCGCCAACCACGCGUCGGCGGGCCUGUCCCUGCAGAUCAUGGAGCGGCAGGCCAAGGCGAACGAAAUCUGGCCGCCGGGGAACUCGAGCGCGCUGGCCGCGGCGCACACGGUGUGCGCCAGCUGGAACAGCUGGGCGUACGACUGCAAGAAUUACUGGCCCGGCAACCUGGGCAACACGACGAACCCCAACUAUCCGUCUUGUGCGGAUGCCGUCAACCUCCAGACCGAUUCUGGUGUGUAA